AACCUAAACAACUGCAGUGCCUAUAAAUCUGCAAAGAACCCAAGUCAUAUCACACCACCAUACAAGUGCAACACUGCGGACUAUCUCGUCCAAUCGCUUGUCACUCUCGAUAAAAUAUUUGUAUCCUCUCGUAUAAUUUAACCAUUCAUCAAAGAUACACACCGUAGACUCUAACAAGCAAAUACCUACAAAAAAAAAAAACUAAAACCUUAUCUCUUUCACUAUCUCAUUGCAGAAUCCGCCGAACAAAAAUGACGCACCAUCGCCGCCGCCGACACCAUUGACGUCGAACAGCCCAACAUCAUUUCGUUCAGCAACAACUCGCAUCAGAGCAACAACAAACAAAUACCAAAAAGACAGAAAAAAAAAGAAUUCCAAUCAAUCACCAUCACUCGCGCGAGCUCGCCAAGGAUCAUCAACCCCAGAGAUACAAAUAACGCGCUGCUGUCCCUCCUCCCACAUAUACACUCGCUCAAAGUCCUUCCAUCCGUGGUGUCCUCAACCUGCCAAAAAAAAAAAAAAACAACAAAAACUAUCAAAUCAUGCUGCAACAUCCACCAUGGCAAUGGCUCCUGCUAACGCUAAUCCUCCUAAAACAAGCCGACAGCUUUUGUCCGUCAAAGUGUCAGUGCAUGGGAGGCGACUCCAAUUCCCAAGCCUACUGUGUGAAUGCGGCCCUCGAAGAUGUCCCCAUUCAACUAAAUCCCGAAACAAAGUACAUAAAUUUAACCUUAAACAAAAUUCGCAAUGUCGAAUUCACCCUCCCGUUCUACAUGAAAUUGGAGGUCUUGGAUCUCUCACAAAAUAUCAUCGAAACUUUGGGGUCGAAAAAUUUCGAAUAUCAAAGCGAAAUGCGAACACUAAACUUGAGUGGUAAUAGUGUUUCGAGUUUGAAUAAGGAUGCAUUCAAGGGUCUGACGAAUUUGUUGUUGUUGGAUCUGAGUUUCAAUCGAAUCGAAGUGGUGCAUCCGACCGCAAUGAAUGAUUUGACCAGUCUUAUCGAACUGGAUCUGACAAAUAAUUUGAUUGUGAGCUUGGAAGAUGGUGUCUUUAGGAAUAUGAUAUCGCUGGAGAUACUCAUAUUCAAGAAUAAUCAGUUGCUGGAUGUGCCGGCGAGUAAUUUGGUGCAUUUGCAUGCGUUGAAGUCGUUGGAUUUGUCGGUUAAUCUGAUAGAGUUUGUGCGGAAUGACAGUUUUGAAGGCCUGAGGGAUUUGAUGAUGGUGAAUCUAAGAGGCAAUGUCAUUUCGGAAUUGGAUUUGAGUUCAUUCGAUGGACUAUCGGCGCUGAAACAAAUGGAUAUGGCAGAUAAUAAUUUGACGAUUGUGCCAACACAGCAACUAUCGAAAUUGUCAAAUCUAACACAUCUAUCAUUAAGUGGAAAUCGAUUUACACACAUUCCAGCUGUGGCCUUGCUUAAUUUAUUUCAUCUAAGGGAAUUGCACUUAAAUCGAUUGGAUCGACUUGUAAAGAUUGAUUCAAGGGCAUUUGUGGACAAUACUCAUUUGCAGUCAUUUGAUCUCAACUACAAUCCAUUAUUUUCCGAUCUACCAAUGCGACUUUUUCAAGGAAAUCCAAACAUCAUGGACAUCUCGAUGCAAGGCAAUAACCUACAAACUUUAGAUGCAGCCCAAUUCCCUGUUGACAGGAUACAGAGGCUCUAUUUGGGUGACAACCCUCUCCAAUGCAAUUGUUCACUUCUAUGGCUUUGGAGAUUAGUAACCGGUAAUUUUGACGAACCAACAUCACAAAAACCAGCUAGCAAUAGCACACACCCUGACUCAUCCUCAAGCUAUCUCAAAUUGGACAAUGAUCGAAUCAGUUGUGACAUUUGGCAGGAUAAUAUACGAACGCGACGCCUCCUACAUUCAAUGUCUGAAAGUGAGAUAACAUGUCCGGCGCACAUUGUCACAAUUGUUUGUGCAAUUCUCACGUGUCUGGUGGUCGUUAUGACCGGAGCGAGUGUAGUCUUCUACCUGAGAUUCGUUAAACGCCGAAGAAAACUCCUUCAAGAUCGACGGGCUGUCAAAGCAGUGGUAAAUGUACAUGACAGGAUAAUGCAACAACAUCCUUCUCAUCAUCAUUUCCAAUCACAUCCACAAGUGGACAAACUUGAGCUCGAACGAUAUUUGGCUGCACAAGCAAUUGCCAAUGAAUAUCGUGCCUUAAAGCCAUGGGAAUUGCCCGUGAAAGAGGCCCUUGAUGAGCCUGAGCAUUUGUAUGAGAAAUUCGAUCAUUAUGAAUAUCCAGAUACACAUACGAUGACAAAACCUCAUGUUGUUUAUGUAUGACUUUUAAAGGAUAAAAAAACUCGUUAUUGCUUUAAUCAAAAUUAUAAACACUUAGGAUAAAUACAAGUUCAAAUGAAAAAAUCAAGCAAAAAAUUAAAAAAACAAAAAAUACACAAACAAAAAAAUGACACAAAAAUUUUAAGGAUUUUACUAAUGCGAUGAAAAUAUAAAAUAAAAAAUAACACCAAUUUAACAUUCAUAAAUAUAAUUUUAAUAAAAAAAAAGAGAAGGUGUUUUGUGUAUAAAUGAGGAAAAGGUGAGGAGAAGUAUGAGUGAAUGUACUAUUGUUAAUUUUUUGUACUGCUAAAUAAUAUUAAAACAAAAACAUAUAUAAAAAACAACUACAACAACUACAGGUGUUAACUAGCUGUAGAUUAAUAUUUUUAAUUUAAAAAAAAAAAAACAAAACAAAACAACAUAUAUGUAAACUUAAUUAUAUAAUAAACAACAUAUAUAUAAUAUAUAUAAUUAUUUUUUUGCCAAUAUAUAAAUUAAAAAAAAUAUAAAACUUAAAAAUAAAAACAAAAAAAUUAACCUGUAGAAUUAAACAAAGUAAAUUGA